ACCUUCAUCAACAAAACUUUGGUUAAACAUAUUUGGCAGUAUAAUUUACUGUUUUUGAGCAGGAGGCUUCCCACUCGUCAACAGAGAGAACGUUAUCCUCUUGGAAUUGUGACCCUAUUUACUUCAUUAAGAUCCCUUAAUAUUUUGACACUUGUUCUGUGGACUGAAAGGGGCAUCAAACAGUCAUAGAAUCAAGUCUAAAAAUAAUAACCAUUUGACUACCAGGUUGGUCACCUUUUCCCACAUCAAAGGAACACUUCUAUGAUCCUGACACGGGCAAAGGAUAUCUGAAUUAUCGCCUGAAGACGGUAUCAAUGAAGACCUCACGUCGACCCAUCAAGAAGAGUAUUUCACCCCAGUCGGGAGGCCCAACCCAUAGGAGGAAGACUGACCUGGACCACCAGCUUGUUGGUGAUGCCUGCAAGGAGGCCAUAUCAUUCGUUGUCCACUCGCCCAAUGAAAAACAAAUCUAUCAGAAGAUGAAGGAGGUGUUCCAGUAUCACCAGGAGCUAGUGUAUAGUCCAGACAGAAGCACAGAUGUCCUCAUAGUCCUUCCCAGGUUUCUGGACGUCAAAGGAUUGGCGAAUCAGGACUUUUUGCUGAUGUUCGACGAUGAAACAUCCUCUAAGCUCCUUGAAAAGUGGGACACUGUAUUGAAGCCUAAAGUCAUCCAACUGGCAAAAUCCCUGAUUACGACCACCGAUUUGCGUCACCUCCUGAAGUCCGCAGAAAAACGGACAGAGAAUGACAUAGAAACCAACUGGGACAAUUAUAUGUCCUCCCUGCUGCUGCUGCUUCAUCUCCUCCCACCACCAGCAGGCGGGAAGAGGACCAAGAUCAGUGCCAGUGAUGCUGUGGGCAGACUAGUACACUUUCAUAAGUCAUUCUGCAGCAUUGAAGACCAUCUUGAUAGGAGCCAUGGUCGACAGCCAUACCUCCAUGCCGUCGGAAGAAGACGGAGCAAGAUUGACAACUACUACAUUGUGGUGGACAAGAGGCUUGUUCCCUGCCAGGCAACUAGUGGUCUGUGUGCGUUUGAUGAACUGUUCAAAGCCCACUUUGUCUUUAACCUGACGUAUGAUGAUACUCUUGUCAACUUCUACACAUUUGUGCAGACAACCAUCUACAACAUUGAUGUAGGCAAAACAAGAGAGGCCCCUAGCAUGAUAGAGUUGAGGACAAAACGUCUUAACUAGAUAAAUGUAUGUUACGGUGCUUUUGUUGUCAAGCGUUGCACAGAAACAGCCAGUCAUUGAUUUCUCAUUUGAGAAUUGAGCAUAGCUUCUAUCCCUCCACCAAGUUUAGAUUGGUCUGUGCUCAAGAUAGUUUUAGACGGCAGUUUUCAACGUACUCAGGUUUCAGAAAACAUUUGAAUAGUGUUCAUAAGGAUAUUGGUCAAGUAGUUGAUGCAUUGAGCUUAGAAGGGCCCUCUCAUGUUGCUGAUUUUACAGUCCAGUUAGAAGCUCAACAAAUGGGUGGUGACGCUGGUGUCCCACAUGAUAACACUCAGUGAUUGUUGGAGAAGAAUGGACAGUCUUGCUAAAGAUACGUGUGCCAAGUUGCAAGCUAGUGGUGGUGCAAAUAGUGUUGUGUCAACAGUAGUGUGUGAUUUAGAAGAGCUUACUACCGGUCUGCACUCCCAAAUUAAACAAGAAGUUCUGUCAGUUAUGCCUAUGGAUAAGCCCCUCUACAUCUACUGUAAAUUAUAGUUUUGAGAACUUUGAAAACUCAUUUGCCAGUUUUAACACAGAAACCAAGAGAAAAAAGUACUUCAACCAAAAAUGGGGUGUUGUGGAGCGAGUAGAAGUAGUGUUGGGAGUUAGAUAUGAUAGCAGGCGAAAUAAACAAACAGGCAUGUAUGAUCAAGUCCCAGUGAAAGACACUUUUGUAUAUAUUCCUAUACUGGAAACAUUGACGUUCAUGUGUCGCAAUUCUGAAAUCUGUAAGUUAUUGGAAAAUGCACCUAGGGAUAUAUCUGUUGAAGACACUUACGAAGACUUUUGUGAUGGAAGUUACUUUAAAACUCAUCCCUUGUUCUCAAAACAUAGAAAUGCGUUACAGAUCCAAUUGUACUAUGAUGACUUUGAAACUGCCAACCCGCUUGAAUCCAAGUGUAGUGUUCCACAAGACAGGCGCCAUUUAUUUUGUCCUCAGGAAUCUGCCACCCAAGUUUAACUCUGCUGUGAUUAAUAUUUAUUUAGUGUCAUUAUUUCAUUAUCAAGAUCUAAAGAAAUAUGGCUUUGAUGCCAUUCUAGAGCCCUUGGUUAAUGAUGUAAAAAAACUGGAGAGUGAUGGUGUAAAUUUGCCUUUUUCAACUGAUAGGGUUUAUGGCACUAUCUGCCAAAUAACUGGAGACAAUUUGGGGAUGCACGCAGUCCUUGGUUUCACAGAGUCCUUCAGUGGUCAUUACUUUUGCCGGUUCUGUUUGAUAGAAAAGUAUAUUGCUCAGACGUUUUACAGUGAGGAUGACCCUAAGAUUGUCUUGCGUGGUAAAGUUUCAUUUGAAAUGCAUUUGAAUCAGUUGCAAUCACGCCUGUGAUGCACCAAUUUCAUUCUGAUGCGCCUGUGAUGCACUGU